UUGACAGGACGCUUGCAGCAGCAGUACCCCACAAGCCGCCUGCCAAAAGGGAGAUCAGAAAAAAAGAUUCGACCGAAACUUGUAGAAGACAGGACUGGGAGGGGAAUUCAAUCUUUACAAAAAUUUAUAGAUAAACAAAAAAUAUAAAUCUGCACCUCCAAACCUUGGCUCACCGUUCUACCCUCACGUGCGCGGCUGCUCCAGAUUCUGCUCGCACUUGUGUGUGCUGACUGGAUCGCGCUCUCUCAAACGCAGCCAGUGUGUUCUGCUGAGAAACGACCGAACCGCGGCGCGAUUGAACCCGACCAUAGAGGAUGGCUGACAGGGAACAACUGAUCCAAAGAGCCCGUCUGGCGGAGCAGGCGGAGCGCUACGAUGACAUGGCCUCUGCGAUGAAGCUGGUAACAGAGCUAAACGAGCCAUUGUCCAAUGAAGACCGCAAUCUGCUCUCGGUAGCCUACAAGAAUGUGGUGGGUGCCCGACGGUCAUCUUGGCGUGUAUUAUCCAGCAUAGAGCAGAAGACGGCAGCAGAUGGCAACGAGAAGAAGCUGGAACUGGUGCACGUCUACCGAGAGACCAUCGAGAAGGAGUUGGAGUCAGUGUCCCAGGACGUUCUCACCCUGCUGGACCAGUACCUCAUCAAGAACUGUGAUGAGACUCAGGUAGAGAGCAAGGUCUUCUACUUGAAGAUGAAGGGCGACUACUUCCGUUACUUGGCCGAGGUGGCCUCUGGCGAAAAGAGAGCCUCUGCCGUCAAAUCGUCUGAAGGGGCCUACAAGGAGGCUUUCGAUAUUAGCAAGGCAAUGCCGGCAACCCAUCCCAUACGCUUGGGCCUGGCGCUCAACUUCUCUGUCUUCUACUACGAGAUCCAAAACGUACCCGAGCAGGCCUGCCAGCUCGCCAAGGAGGCUUUCGAUGAUGCCAUCGUCCACCUGGACAAUCUGAACGAGGACUCCUAUAAGGACUCCACGCUUAUUAUGCAGCUCCUGCGGGACAACCUCACCCUGUGGACCAGUGACCAGCAAGACAGCGAAGGAGGGGAUGCCAAUAAUUGAGAGAUCUGCUCUGUCUGCUCUCACUUCUAGCUGUAGUAGCACCCGUCUGUCCCUCCUACAAUGUCUUUAAUGCAAUAUAUUAUUUCUCUCUUUCCAAUCCUUUUGUCUUUCUUUCUUCUCUAUUGAAUCCUUCUUGUCUCUUUGUAACACCUAGAUGCUCCUUUUUGGUUCCUCAGGGCUGCACUGUAGACCCUUGUUAGUGGAGAUGGAAACUUAAGGAAUUUAAUGAUUCUGGUAUUGAUUCCAAUUCACUAUUCUGGUUCCAAAUCCACUUAAUGAUUAUGGUUCCUUAACGAUUCCAUUUACGAUUGUUUAAGUAAUUUUGAGGAUGAAAGAAUGGUUGGAACUGUUUGGUAACAAAUGUUUGUUAACAAAGAAGUGAAAGACAGUUCUUGCAAAAAAAAAAAAAAAAGUGUUAUAUUGGGUAUACUAACCAUUUGCAUGUAUUCCAUCUAGUGGCUUGCCUUGUUACAUCUCAUAAAUACAUUCCAUGGAAAAUUAAGAGUUUUUUGUAUUUUAAUCAAUGUUUGUUAGCUUUGAGGCAAUCUACAUAUAUGCUAGUGAUCUACGGAUACACUGUUGGCAAAAAGACUGGAAUAAUGUACAGAUUUUGCUGUUAUGGAAAGAAAUUUGUAAUUCUAUUCACCAGAGUGGCAUUCAACUGAUCACAUAGUCGGGACAUUAAUAAUGUGAAAAAUUACUAUUACAAUUUGAAAACAAUGUUCAGAACUUCUUCAACUAUUUCAAAGAGUUCUCAUCAAAAAAUCCUCCACGUGAAGCAAUGACAGCUUUGCAGAUCCUUGUUAUUCUAGCUGUUAGUUUGUCCAGAUACUCAGGUGACAUUUCAUUCCACGCUUGCUGUAGCACGUCCCAUAGAUGUGGCUGUCUUGUCGGGCCCUUCUCACACACCUUAUAGUCUAGCUGAUCCCACAAAAGCUCAAUAGGGGUUAAGAUCCAUAACACUCUUUUCCAAUUAUCUGUUGUCCAAUGUCUGUGUUUCUUUGCCCACUCUAAACUUUUCUUUUAGAUUUUCUGUUUCAAAAGUGGCUUUUUCUUUGCAAUUCUUCCCAUAAGUCCUGCACCCCUGAGUCUUCUCUUUACUGUUGAACAUGAAACUGGUGUUGAGUGGGUAGAAUUAAAUGAAGCUGUCAGCUGAGGACAUGUGAGGGUUCUAUUUCUCAAACUUGAGACUCUGAUGUACUUAUCCUCUUGUUUAGUUGUACAUCUGGACUUCCACAUCUCUUUCUGUCCUUGUUAGAGCCAGUUGUCCUUUGUCUUUGAAGACUGUAGUGUACACCUUUGUAUGAAAUCUUUAGUUUUUUGGCAAUUUCAAGCAUUGUAUAGCCUUUAUUCCUCAAAACAAUGAUUGACUGAUGCGUUUCUAGAGAAAGCUGUUUCUUUUUUGCCAUUUUUGUCCUAAUAUUGCUAAUAAGCUUCAUUUAAUGAACCAAAUAACUUUCAGCAGUGUUUGAUAUAAUGGCAAGUGAUUUUCUUGAACCAAAUUAACAAUUUAGCAUGAUUACUCAAGGAUAAGGUGUUGUAGUGAUGACUGCUGGAAAUGGGGCCUGUCUAGAUUUGAUCAAAAAUAACUUUUUUCAAAUAGUGAUGGUGCUGUUUUAUUCAUCAGUAAUGUCCCAACUAUACUUUGUGAUCAGUUGAAUGCCACUUUGGUGAAUUAAAUACCAAUUCCAUCCCUUCCGAAACCGCAAAAUCUGGACAUUAUUCCAAACUUUUGGCCACCAUUGUAUGUACUCUUAAAUGUUCUCUAGAUGAACUUUUAGCAGAUAUUCAUAUAUUUCAAUUUUACAGACUUUAUGUUCUGUGAGGCAGAGUGGAAAUUUUGAUGACUCCUGUUGCAUUACACAGAUUUUUGUCCAAUUGAGUACUCUCUAGAAUGAGAAUGCACCUCCCCCUAAUUCCAACUGCAACCAACUAGUAAGUAGCAAUGGUAAAUAGCCUGUUGGCCAUUCAAAAAUGUUUUUUUGUAUUUUAUUUUUUUUUUUAAUUUGAAAGCUUUUUAUUUUAAGGUGUCUUUUGGAAGCAUUCUGAUGUUCCAGAAUCAUCAGCGGAACCGAGCAUCAUGAAAAUCAUCAGGUUACAUUGUUUUUUUUAAACAAUGGUUCUCGAUUCCCAAAUCCUACUUGUUAGCUCUCUCUUUCUGUAGGCUAUUUCUUUUUGUUUGUCUCUUUCUUUGUUUUCCUUUCUUCCACUCUUUUUCCAUAUGCUGUUCUCUUCCUCCUCCCCUUGAUGAGUUGCUGAUAAUUUACUUAAUACGUGCUUGUAAGGACUCGAUCUUUGUAGAAACUCUGUAACGCUUAUUGCAGGAUGAGGUCUUCAGUACGUGGCACAGUACAGUGCUGAUGUUACAUUUUACUACCAGUUACAUUGUUAUUCUUCACUUGUCCUUGAUCUAUACCUCCAUCACUGCUUAGAUGUGUUUGUCUGUCAAUCCCCCAUGAAGCUUACCUUGUACACCUUGCUACCACUGUGAAUUGUGUAUAUCUGCUGAUCUCAGAACAGUACGUUGUCAUCUAAAAUGUGGGCGGCACUCUGUUACGAGAUGCAGUGAUUCAAGAGUCUUUUGAUUAGGAUUACAUAUGCAAGGUAAUGACAUUAAAGACAUUGCAUACCAUUGGAACUCUCAAUAUGCAGUCUAUCUCUGGCACUUUCUUAUGGUUUUUCAGAUUCUCAUUGUCUGUUUUAUAAACUUUCACAUGCAACAUGACAAUAAUGAAAUAAUUUUUUUUAAAGGGGUAGUCACCUAAAAAAAAAUAUUAAAAAAAAGUUCUGUCAUCCUUUACGUACCCUCAUGUUGUUCCAAACCUGUAUGAUUUUAUGUUCAAAGGGAGAUAUUAGGCAGAAUGUUCAGUCUCAGUCACCAUUCACUUUCAUUGUAUGGAUGAUGCAGCAAUUUUACCAUUAACAGGUAUACACAUUUAAAAUGAACACUCAUCCUUGAAAACUAACCAAGAAAUAUUGAUGACUCAUCUUGCACUACACAAAAUGUUGUCCAAUCAAAUGCUUUCUAAACAAAAAUAUUCCUCCUCCUUAUAAAGUGCAACAAUGUCCACCCUCUUUUUCAGCCAUCCUAGUUCUGGAAGUAUUUUUCAAAUUUUUGUUCCAUAGAGAUUUUAUAAAAUCCUUCAUAAAACAAGUUUAAGUCAUUAAUCAAAGCAACCAGCUCCCAGGUGAAUCAAAGAUUACAAGCCUGAUUUUAAGCAAAAUAAUAUUUGAAAAUCGGACAAAAAGACAAAGGUACAAGGAUGGGUAUUAAUGUCUUCUGUGAGGAAAUAAACUACAUUCCCAUUGCAAUGGGAUGUUCCAAUGGCGUAAUCAAAUGAUAAAUUAUGUAAAAAAAAUCUAACUACUAUUUGUUUAAAUUAGUUGAUAAUAAUUAUAGCAACCAUAUAUCUAAAGUAUCCUGCAACAUUCAGAAAUAUACAAAUACUUAUGAAAAGUAAGUAGUUUGGGAGUGAAGGAAGACUGACUUUCGCUGUGGCUUUAUUGUGGUGAUACUCUUAUUAUUGGAACAUCUGGAUCAUGGGUAGUUCUUUAAUAGGAAUUCCACUAUAAAAAUAAUUAUAUAUACAAAUCGAAGCAACUAUCUGAAUGCAUUUUUUCUUCCUUUUUUGUGUGUGAAUUCAACAUGAAAUAAUUUUAAGUGCUCUGAGCAUCUUUAUUUUUAACACUUAUUUAUAUUAAGUU